CAAAACCUCUCAGCAGUCCACGUGACCCAUGCUCUCACACCUCCGGCCCCAUGUGGGCCACAGCGCCAUUUCACUUGGAGUUGCACGGCGCCUUUGAAAGAAGAUUCGUUGGCGCGAGAUCGAUGCGCUCCUUUGCAAUCUUCUGGUCCGCUUCCACCUGCAGGAGAUGAGAGCUCAAGCUGGAAGUGCCCCAUGCUCGUUGGAGGAGGUGAGCUUUCUGCAGAAGACUGGAUGCGCAAAGUCUUCAGUGUCACGGAUAGCAAGGCCCCGAGUGGUUUGCUCUCCGACAUGAACAAGACCAAGAGAGGAGGUGGAUCUGAUCAGGAAGAGCGUCCGCCAACGUUUCACCCGCUCUGAGGGUUGAGAAGGC